AUGCUGCAGGAGCUUUACAACAUCCUGUUCAGUCGGCGGAAGAGCAUGGGGAUCCCUGGGGCAAUGGCGGCAGAAAUGGCUGAAGAAUUAGAGAGUGGGCUGCGGCAGAUUCUUUCGGAGCAAGGGGUCCGAUCUGUGCGCCAUCUUGGCAAAAACUUCACGGAUGAGGCGGCGAUGAAGAAGUACCUCAGGUACACUGAGAGGCUGGGCAAACUGAAAACAAGGAUAGACACGAUGUGCGAGGAACUUGCGCACUCCCUCACACUGGUGGAGAGCACCAACAAGAGGUACUGUGUCCAGCAGAUAUGCUUUGCAUACGACGAACUCAAAAAGUGGUCUCCAGAGGGAGGGGGCGCCCCGGAGGGUGGGAAGGAGAUGCUAGGGAAAGAAGUGUGCAUCAUUGUUGUGGCAGGGUGCACCAAGGGGAGCGAUUACGGCACGUGGUGGUCUUGGCUGCUUGGCAGGUACUUCAAGACGCGCUUCACCAUCUUUCGAGUGGAUUUGCUGGUCAAGGGGACGCGUGAGGAGCUGCAGGACUUCUGGGCGACGUGGCACAUGGAGGAAAUGUUGCUGGAGUCAAACGGCCGGGGAGACCUCAAAGAGCAGACCAUGCACGGUGGGGACAGAGGAGAGGUUAUCAUGACAGACACGGCAAGCACACAAGAGGGGAUCACACAUCGGUUUGGCAGUCAGACAUCGCUUGUGGAAGUACAAGAAGUGGAGCAAUCAAAGAAAAGUUAG